AUGUCUUUUCCCUACUUGGUUCCCAGCUCAAUUCCUAUAGCUGGCAUCGUGGAUAUUGUUGCGACAAAUGGUAGUGAAGCACCAAUCGUUGUUCUUACUGAUGAUUCUCUCCACUUAUUGGACCCGGUACACAAGAGUCCACUUUGUAAACAUGUGAGAUCAGCUGCUUCUGUCGAAGUUCGUGGGUUCAACGUCAAGGUGAAGGUUAACAAGACCGGUAAACUGAUCUCGGUGAUCACGUCGAAAUCGUUCCUGCUGAUCUACUCCAUAAUGGGCAAUAAUGGUACCGAUAUGGGCUACGAUGAGGUGUUCAGCGUCUACAACAGCUCAAGCACUUUAUUACAAAAUGGGCUGGUAUUGGAGAAGCAGCUCUCAUUCUUCAAUACGAAUCCACUUGACUUGCCCAUUCAUAAAGCCACUGUGAGAUUUAAAGUGCUGCUCAAAGUGGCCCAUGGAGUCAGGGACGUUGUGAUGUUUGACAAGUACGAAGUUGUACUUGUUACUGACGACAACGUCCAACUCAUAAACUUGGAAAGCGAUGAACCUGUUACACUAAGCAUUGAAGGUGUGGUGACAAAAGUGUCCACCUUGAACGAGGACUUGCUGGCUUUCAAAGAUGAUGGUUCUGUACAGCUCAUCAAGAGAUCAGGCCGAACGUUUGUUCCAAUGGAAACACUUAAAGUGGAAAAAGUCACUGAUUGUGCAAUUAAUGAGAACUUCUCGCUGAUAACGUUUGUCUCCAAUGACUCCCUCGUGUAUUACAACUAUGAAUUGCAUGAAAUAAUAAAAGUCUUACCCUUCAAAGACAUCAAGUCUCUACAGUGGGUAAAUGAUGGUGAUUUUCUCCUAAUUUUAUCAACCAAGGAAACAUGGUCAUUGUUGUCAACAUUCGGGUGCAAGUUGUUCGAUAGCAGUGAUCAUGAUUAUUCAUCACCAUGGCUCACAGCGGUGAAAACGAUCACGAUAUCAGCAGAUGGAACCGAGCUAUUCAGUUCAGAUGGUGAAAAGUUCUUCAGCCAACGACUCCUGCGGUCCACAUCAUUAUCAGCUCAAAUCAACCACGACUUGGAUAAACCUGUCUUGGUUGUGGGUUCUGAGUUACACGUUUACACAGGUCAUGAGAUGGCAGUGGCAUCUUCAAAGGCGAUUAAUUGGCAUAUAUUGAAGAUACCAUUUGAGCAAUCGCACCAGUUGCCAAAUAUCAAACAUACCUCAGUAUCGUCAGAUGGGAAAUAUCUCGCAGUUGCAAACUCGAAGGCACUCUUAUUGUAUUCAUACAGGGAUAGAGACUGGAGCUUUUACCAGAAUGAUUAUUUCAACGAUUUAACGAUAUGCCAUCUUACUUGGUUUGGCAAAUUGAAUCUUUUAAUCUUGGGUAUCAAACUGGCAGAUCACUCUGAGCUUGUGAUAUUUGACUUGAGAAAAUUCAAGAGCCAUGAACGAUUCGCUUCCGAAUACGUUGUGUUCAGGUACGACUUACCAAGUGACAUUCAACUGAUCAAUGUCACAGAUAACGAUAUUGUUGUUUACACAGAUAACGGCAAAUUUUACCAUAUCCAUGUUGGAAUCUCACUAACUGGGUUGAAAAUUGAUCUAUUAAAAGUGAUGAAUCACAGUACACUUCUGAAGUCUCCAAAGAACCUCAGGUCUGUCAUCAAGAUCAGCAAAGAUGUUCGCAACCAUGACAUAUUGGUUCUCAAUAAUGGCGAGCUUAUUCUUUUCCGAGAGCACGACUCUGGAUACCGUCAGCAUCUCCUGUUCGACACUAUUGAAUACGUUUACAAACUCAAUGAUGAAGAGUACUACAUGUUUAACGGUGAGCACAUUUUCCUGGUGAAGAAUUUGACGGAGCUAAUUAAGACUAGAGAUCCGUCGAAUACUGUGCUAAAGCUAAAGCCACAAGCUUAUCCAUUACUGUUGAUUUUGAAAAGAGGUUUGUUCGUCACUUUAGAGAACAUCCUUACCAAGAGAAAGAACAUUGAGUUGAAUACUAUAACAACAAACAACUCAAUCUUCUUGCAAGACAUGAUUCGUUUCGAACUCACCAAUUCUAACGCUGAAGAGAUUUACCAGAAGUACUGUUCUUUCAAAAACUUCCCAUUUGCUAUGGAGUUACUUCUCUACCAAACCGUCAUAAAUGACGAGGACCUAACGACCAUCAUAAAACUAAUCCAGGUAAACCCUCUCUAUGAACUGAACGUUGUUUCGAAGUGUCUUAGAAAGAUUGAGACACAGUACUGGGAUCGAUUACUAAAAUCUCUGGGUGUCACGCCAUCGGAAUUGGUCCAGAAGGCCAUUACAAUGAAAGAAUGGAGAACUCUCGGAAUCCUUGUGGUUAUUUUCUUGAACUACGACACUGCGAAUGCUGUUAUGAGUAUUGAAGAAGAGAGCUUGAUCAGUAUAAUGAAACUCAUCUACGAUAAUGCACAGGAUGAUGAUGAACUAUGGGAAACCUCAUUCGAAAUGUUGAGGUUUUUAAAGCUUUUGGAUCCUACAUGUGCUUUGUUGAAGAGAUGUCAAUCAGCAUUGACUUCUUAA